CGUCCAUGUCACCGUCCUCCACCUGGGAGAACGCCUGGAAUGCUGCCCAGCCUCGCUUGAAUGCGUUACGCCAGUCUCUGCACUUCUCGUCGCCGGAAAAUGUACCUAUAUCACGCGUCGGGCAGCUCGAUGCUGAGAUCCUCGACCAGGAGCUCAUUUCCCUUCUUCAAGAGCCGUUAAACAAGGCUCUGGUGCUGGCAAACACCUCGCUUAAAGGACGUUUCGAACAAGAGCUUACUUUAUUCAUUCACUUGGCGCUGUACAAGCUGUCGAUCUGGAAUACCGGUGCCAGCUAUGGCGCAAAGCUGCAGGAUCUCCGUUACACUGUCGCACCUUCAGCAUCUCGCGACCGUUCUCUUGCUCCCUCUGGUCUACCGAAACGAAUAUUAAUAAUUCAUGGCGCCCUCACGGUACUUGUACCAUAUGUACAUUCCCGAUUUCGUGCCCAUGCACUUUCUCGUGCUUGGCCAGAUGCACCCACUUCUGACCUCCGCCGCAAAACAUGGGAUCUGUUGACUUCCUUCGAAUCAUCAUACACACUACUCAGUCUCGCCAGCUUUGUGGCAUUCCUCUGGGAUGGCCGCUUCCGUACCAUCGCCGACCGAUUAGUGAACAUGCGAUUAGUUCCGUCUCGCGCUCUACUCAGACGUGACGUCAGUUACGAAUUCAUGAAUCGCCAGAUGGUUUGGCAUGCAUUCACCGAAUUUCUACUAUUCCUUUUGCCUCUUAUCAAUGCUCGAAAAAUACGCCGUCGAGUCAAUCGCAUCACGGCAUCGAUCGCAUCAAUACCAUCUAAACUUCAAUCGGUAUUUGGCAAACGUUCGGAUCCUUCAAGCACAGCACCGCGUAUAUCCCAAGCCCUUGGCAAGUAUCAUUCAUUGCCCGAGGAUCAAUGCGCGAUCUGUGCAGAAAAUGCUUCAUUCAAUCUCAAUAUGGCCGAUUCAGCAAACGCGUUUACUGCACUUGCAGUAUCACAAUCCAAUUCUGAGGUCGCGUCACAAACCGAACCUCCUGCAUACCCAUUGUACACGCCAUACAUAACGUCGUGUGGGCAUGUCUACUGCUACCACUGUGUAGCUGAACGGAUGAUGCGUACGGCUGAUGAUGCAGAGGACGAAGGUUGGGAGUGUCUGAGGUGUACAGAAGUUGUCCAUAGUGCUGAGCGCUUCGCUGUGGAAGUCGAUGAGGUUAGCGGAAGUGACUAUGAUUUUAGUAGCGACUUCGAUAUAGACACCACAGACCUCUCAGGUUCAAUUGGAUCUUACAGUGAAUCCGGACUUUCCGACGAUUACUGAUUUUGUAUCUAGAAUUAUUAUUAAACCAAAGUUGAGAAC